UCCAAACCGGAAAUGGCAUCCGUUCGGAAUUGACAGCACUCCCGAAGAUGGCGGGGGUGUUUGAGGUGGAGGUUGAUGGUGUAGAACACGAUCAUGGACUCGGACAUCACGAUGAGCCAAAUCAGGUCGACUUGUCCCAUCUGUCACCGGAGGAGAAGUGGAGGUUGGAGCAUGCCAGGAUGCAUGCAAAACACAAGGGUCAUGAGGCCAUGCACGCUGAGAUGGUGCUGAUCCUCAUUGUCACGCUGGUCAUCGCCCAGCUGGUCCUUGUGCAAUGGAAACAGAGGCACCCCAAGUCCUACAAUCUGGUGACUCUGUUCCAGAUGUGGGUGGUUCCUCUGUACUUCACCACCAAGCUUCACUGGUGGAGGUUCCUUGUCACGUGGUUCAUCUUCUCUGUCGUCACUGCAUACGUUACCUACCGGGCCACACGUAAGCCACUGGAGUGCACUACGCCUAGGCUGGUCUACAAAUGGUUCCUCCUCCUCUACAAGAUCAGCUAUGCCACAGGGAUAGUGGGCUACUCUGUCGUCAUGUUUACACUGUUUGGCAUCAACUUGAUAUUUAGAAUAAAACCGGAGGACGCAAUGGAUUUUGGUGUGUCCUUGCUGUUCUAUGGUCUGUACUAUGGUGUCCUGGGUAGGGACUUUGCUGAAAUGUGUGCAGACGUCAUGGCAUCGACAGUGGGGUACUACAGUGCGUCUGGAAUGCCCACCAAGCACCUCUCUGACAGUAUCUGCGCUGUAUGUGGCCAGCCCAUUCUGGUCGACGUCAGCGAGGAGGGAAUCAUCGAGAACACCUACAGACUAUCCUGCAACCAUGUAUUCCAUGAGUUCUGCAUACGAGGAUGGUGCAUCGUGGGAAAGAAGCAGACAUGCCCGUACUGUAAAGAGAAGGUGGACCUGAAGAGAAUGUUCAGUAACCCCUGGGAGAAGCCACAUGUCAUGUAUGGACAACUCCUGGACUGGCUCCGCUACCUUGUUGCUUGGCAACCCGUAAUCAUUGGACUUGUGCAAGGCAUCAACUAUAUCCUGGGCCUAGAGUGAUCUGGGAAAGUGGAGGAGAGGGACACACAAGCCGUAUGGAGAAGAUACUGCACUGGUCUGACUGAGGGAGACUUGGAGGCCACACCAUGGACUCUACGAACAUCUAUUAUAAACUGUGUCUAUACCUGUACUAUUUGUAUAGAUUUAUAGGCACAUAGUAUCUGUAUUUAAGAUUUAUUUGAAUUUUACAAGUAAUCUGGGUUUAGAUGUCGGUUUCAUUUUUGUUUAGUCAGUCGCAACUAAACCAAAUGCAGUGUACAUUUCUUAGCUUAGUAAAAUGGUUGUUUUUUCAUGGAGAUGCUUUUUCCCAAAAUAAUUUGUCUUAACUUUUCUUGUUGAUAUUUGUUGGAUUCUAUGGCAAUGAGUAGUUAACACUGCUCAGAUGAAUGAGUGGAGCAUUGCAGAGUGACAGUCGUUUUGUGUGUUAAAUCUGCGCCUUUUGUUAGUGAAGGUCCUGGUUGAAUGUGGCUGCUGGGGGGAGAGUUUCUGGUUCCUCAGGAGCACUAGUCUCAGACAGUGUAUCCUAUCCUACUACAGUCAUAUUUUUAAGAAGGGCACUGCUUUCUCCAAUAUACCCUCCUCACGCCUCCCUCAGAUGGCCUCUCCUGUCUGUAUUCAGCCCAGAUGGCUCUCCAGGAACAGAUACUGUAAAAGACAGUGUUUGCAAGAAGGUGAAUAACAUUUGAUCAUUUUGGUUGGGUUUACUUUCUUGUCAUGUUUUUGUUCUGUUAAUAAACGUGACACAGUCCAGA